ACGUAUGUUCUGGUUUUAGUUAGCUCUUUCUUUUCUCCCGCUAAAACUAACUGUCUCAAACACGCGCCGCACGUGUCGCUUCCCGCCUCCACACGCUCUCCCGGCACGUGAUUUUGCCGCAAAAACCACAUCACCCGUCAUCCCUCUGUUUCCCGAUUCUCAUUUCAAUCACAAAAAAUCCAAAUGUUCUCGCCGAUCCGAAUAGUCCGACCCGAACCGGAUUAAUCAAUGCCUUCGUUUUCUUUUUUGAUAUUUUUAAUACACAGCGUGAUCCGAUAUAUAUGAUCGGCGACGGUUCUGUUGCUAGUUAUUGGCUGUUGCUUGUCGGAGAAACGGUUUUUCGAAUCUCUUCUUUCCAUCCAAACGAAACUGAGGAAUGGAAUCAAUCCUGGCAAGAGCUUUGGAGUAUACUCUCAAAUACUGGCUCAAAUCUUUCACCCGAGACCAGUUCAAGUUGCAGGGUCACACCGUUCAACUAUCUAAUUUAGAUAUAAACGGUGAGGCAUUGCAUUCCAGCGUUGGAUUGCCGCCGGCACUCAAUGUGGCCACAGCCAAAGUUGGAAAAUUGGAGAUCAAGCUACCGUCCGUGAGCAAUGUACAGAUAGAACCAAUCAUUGUGCAAAUUGAUAGGCUCGAUUUGGUUUUUGAAGAGAAUUCUGAUUUUAAACCAUCUGAGAAUCCAAAGACUCCAACCAGUUCCACGCCUUCAGGGGCCUCUGCCAAGGGUAGCGGGUAUGGUUUCGCUGAUAAGAUUGCAGAUGGAAUGACAAUACAGAUCCAUACAGUUAAUCUGUUACUUGAAACUCAUGGAAGUGCUUGUCUCACAGGGGCAGCAACAUGGGCACCACCCAUGGCUUCUAUAACCAUGCACAACCUUUUGCUGUGUACCACAAAUGAAAGCUGGCAGGUUGUAAAUCUUAAGGAGGCACGGGAUUUCUCAUCUAAUAAGAAGUAUAUUUAUGUCUUCAAAAAAUUGGAAUGGGAAUCAUUAUCUAUUGAUCUUUUGCCUCAUCCUGACAUGUUCACGGAUGCUACUUUAGGCAGUUCUCAAGUAGGUUCAAACCUGAGAGAUGAUGAUGGUGCAAAGAGAGUAUUCUUUGGAGGCGAGCGUUUUAUAGAAGGAAUAUCAGGAGAAGCAUACAUCACCGUUCAGAGAACUGAAUUGAACAGUCCACUUGGGCUCGAGGUUCAGUUGCAUGUCACAGAAGUCGUUUGCCCUGCAUUAAGUGAACCAGGGCUACGUGCGCUUCUCCGCUUUAUGACAGGAGUAUAUGUUUGUCUAAACAGGGGAAAUGUAGAUUCCCAGCAGCAAUCUACUGAAGCUGCUGGGCGUUCUCGUGUGUCAAUUGUUGUGGAUCAUAUAUUUCUCCGCAUUAAAGAUUCUGGGUUCCAGCUUGAGCUAUUAAUGCAGUCCCUCUUUUUUUCUCGGGCCAGUCUUUCUGAAGGAGAUAAUGACAGUAACUUGACCAGGAUUACAAUUGCGGGACUAUUUUUGAGGGAUACAUUUUCAUGCCCUCCAUUCACAUUAGUGCAACCAUCGAUGCAAUCUGCCACACAAGAUGCUUUCCAAGUGCCUGAGUUUGCUAGAAGCUUUUGCCCUCCAAUAUAUCCUCUCGGAGAACAGCAGUGGCAAUUGAUUGUGGGAACUCCUCUAAUAUGCAUUCACACUCUUCAGAUCAAGCCUUCUCCACUUCCACCAUCCCUUGCUUCUCAAACAGUUAUUGAUUGUCAGCCUCUUAUGGUCCACCUCCACGAAGAGUCCUGCUUGAGGAUAUCAUCCUUCUUAGCUGAUGGAAUUGUUGUCAAUCGUGGUGACAUUUUACCAGACUCCUCUGUAAAUUCUUUUAUUUUCACUCUCAAGGGAUUGGAUACUACAGUUCCUUUGGAUAAAGCCCAAUUAGAUUUUUGUGUAAGCAAUACAGAUGAUACAGAUAAAUUCUUAUUUGUUGGAGCAAGGCUACAUAUUGAAAACAUUUCCGUUUUAGAUUCACCCUUAAUGAAACUAAGAAUACUGAACCUGGAGGAGGAUCCUGCUUGCUUCUGUCUCUGGGAAGAUCAACCAAUUGAUGCUAGCCAGAAGAAGUGGGCUGCCAGAGCAUCCCAGCUUACUUUAUCUUUGGAAACAAAUACUGGCACACUUGGGCAUCAGAAUUCUCUUGGAUGGACUGCUGAAUUUUGGAGAUGUGUUGAUCUGAAAGAUGCUUGCAUUGAAGUAGCUAUGGCAACUGCUGAUGGCAGCCCCUUGUUAAAUGUUCCUCCUCCUGCCGGUAUUGUGAGGGUCGGGGUUUCCUGUGAACAGUAUCUAUCCAACACUUCCAUUGAACAAUUAUUUUUUGUCCUUGAUCUCUAUGAUUAUUUUGGGAGAGUUAGUGAAAAAAUGGCGACAUCUUGGGAAAGGAAACAAAUAAAUGACGUUAGGAAUAAGUCUUCCAGUGGAAAGCUGAUGGAAAAAAUUCCUAGUGACGCUGCAGUAAGUUUAGCCUUAAAAAACCUCCAACUUCGAUUUCUUGAAUCUUCGUCUGUAAAUGUUGAGGGAAUGGCUCUAGUACAGUUUAUCGGAGCUGAUCUGUUCAUUAGUGCCACUCAUAGAACCCUAGGUGGUGCUAUUGUUAUUUCAUCCACUUUACAUUGGGAGAGUGUUGAGAUAGAUUGUGUUGAUUCUGAGGAGUAUUUGGCAUGUGAAAAUGGCUCAGCAUUUAGUUCUGGGGAAAAUGUUUCUUCAGUGAAUGGUGUUGGAUACCCUCAACUGAGAGCUGUUUUCUGGGUGGAUAACAAUCAUGUAUUGAAUGUAAAUGCUCACCCAGUCCCGUUUCUGAACUUAAGUAUGAAUCAAGUCAUACCAUUUUGUGACGUAGAAAAUGAGUCCAAUAUUUUGAAUGUCUCCGCUUCUAUGUCUGGUGUUCGUCUUGGUGGGGGAAUGAACUAUGCCGAAGCCCUCCUGCAUCGGUCUGGAAUACUUGGGCCUGAUGGUGGUCCAGGGAAGGGUCUUUCUAAAGGGUUGGAAAACUUAACAAAAGGACCAUUGGCAAAACUUUUUAAGACAUCACCUCCAAUUGUUGACAACUCAGAAAAUGAAAGUAUGAUAGAAGGGAUAGAAACUAGUUUUCCACCCUUGAAGAAGCCAGAUAAUGUGGAUGUAACUAUAGAGUUGAGGGACUGGUUGUUUGCUCUUGAAGGUGCACAAGAUAUGGCCGAAAGAUGGUGGUUCUCCAGCCAAGGAGACGUAGGAAGAGAACAGAAGUGUUGGCACACAACCUUCCACAGUUUACUAGUAAAUGCUAAAAGUAGCACAAAGAAGGUUUCAGGUGGCAAGGUGCAUUCAAAUAGAAUACAAUAUCCUCUAGAAUUGGUUACGGUUGGAAUUCAAGGGCUGCAGUUCUUAAAACCUACUGCCCAAGAAGAUGUUCCGUCAUCCAUGUUAACUGCAAAUGAAGUUAAAAAACUGACUGAUGCAGAUGGGGGAAUCGGCCUUGAAGUGGGCUUGAUAUUACAGGAAGAUAAUAUCGAUGAUGAAAUGGCUAAUUGGGAAGUGGAAAACCUAAAGUUCUCUAUAAAGCAACCGUUCGAGGCUGUUGUAACCAAGGAUGAGUUCCAGAGCCUCACUUUUUUAUGCAAAUCUGAAAUUGAAUCCAUGGGCCGUAUAACAGCUGGAAUUCUGCGACUGCUUAAGCUAGAAUGUUCUGUUGGCCAGUCUGUAAUGGAUCAGCUAGGCAAUCUAGGUAGUGAAGGCAACAAUAUUCUCUCGACUGAAAAAAUCAGCGAAGGCAUUGACAAUGUUCUCUCGCCUGAAAAAAUCAGCGAAGGCAUUGACAAUGUUCUCUCGCCUGAAAAAAUCAGUGAAGGCAUUGACAAUGUUCUCUCGCCUGAAAAAAUCAGUGAAGGCAUUGACAAUGUUCUCUUGCCUGAAAAACUUAGCAUAGACGGCAGUGUUAGCAACAGAGAACCUUCUCCAUUACCGAAUCGAAUAAACGAAAGCCCACACAAAUCUGUGGAACCAACAAUAACUUUGCUUGAGGAAGCAGUUGUUGAUUCACAGGCUAAGAUUAAUGCUUUGAUAACCGGCAUUGGUACGUCUGAGUCCUCCCUUCAGCACGAUGACAUUGUUAAACAACUUAGUGAAAACAUUGAGUUGAUGCAAGGUUUAUUGACGCAAAUACGGAAUCAACUUUGAGACCUUCGUCUCUUGUAAUUAGAUUUAAGUAUUUUCAUUCAUAUAGGUUACAAUUCUUUUUGUAUAUAGCAUAAUAAUCCAUAUGUUGAGUGUUGUAUACGUUAGGCAGAAAUAAAGGCUCCCCAGUUUUGUGUAACAGAAAUUUUGCACCCUUUAAGCACCAUGGAAUGAGAGAAAAGAAAGCAAUUCUGAAUGCUGAAAUCUCUUAAAUGAAAAUCAUGAUUACGUUGAUCGGGGUUU